GCAGAAGGCACAACAAUGGAAACGCUACCGGUCCCAUAUACAAAAUGUGUAUCCUUGCCUGUUGGUUCUUUCGUGAAAAUCAAAGGGACGUUUGUCAUGCCUUUCAACAUGAACCCAGAACUGCAGGUGGAUUUCCACACUAAAACUGAAAUCAACACACACAUUGCCUUCCAUUUCCGAGUGUUAUGUGACAGAUAUGUGGCGAUGAACAGCCGUCAGGGUGAGAACUGGGAUGAAGAAGUGAGGACCUCUGUUAUUUCCUUUGAGAAUGGCCAACCCUUUGAACUGGGCAUCUUGGUGCUGUCAAAGGAGUACCAGGUAACAGUAAAUGGUCGCCAAUGUUACACUUUUCCCCAUCGACUUGACCCAGCAUCUGUGAAGAUGAUCCGGGUGUGGAGAGACGUCUCCCUGACCUCAGUGACUGUCAUUUAGAGAAGGAUGUGACCAGACUCCCCGUUGUCAAGGAGGUCCCUCCACCUAAGUGACUCUGUGGUUCCCAGAGCUAAC